GGUUGGGGAUCGCUGGCAGCCACCGCGAAACAUGCCAGAAAAGUUGAUGGUGCAGUCUGCGCUGUAAGUUCUUUGCGAACGGUUCGCCCCGUGUUCGUGCUUUACGUGGUGGCCAUGGCGAAGUUGGCGGUUAUUAUCUGUGCGGUUGUACUGAUGUCAGGUGUUGAGCGGCGUGUCGAAGCAACCGUUGUGCGGUUGUUGACAGAUUUUAUCCAAAACAAUGUUGCCGGAAUUCCGUUGAUUCAUAAAACGGAAGAAUAUGACUUCGACCCUGAGAUUAGCCAGAAGCGGCGUGAGCUUUACUACGAGUUACAUGGCUACCGAGGGGAGAAGGUAAUCGAAAGAUUGGGUCUUGGCAUCGAUGGCAAGCACCAUGAGCGAUCGGCAUACCAGCGCCAGCGUGAUGAUGGACAUUUACAAGGUCUCAACUAUCUGCAACCAUAGGAAAAAACCAUCGUUGGACCCCUGCUUGGAGGUCGUCACUAUAGGGGUUAAGUAGUCGAAUGUAGUUUGUAAGGCUCCGUGCGGUAGAACUGUUUAAAAUGUAAGAUC